UCCCUUCCAGAAAGCAGCUUCGCCGAGUCUUUUUCCCUUUCGGCUUCCGUGCCCAGCUUGUCCACGGGCCAACGGGGAAGCCUUUCGCCUCCAUAUGUGUUUUCUGGCUCCUCCAGGCCGCCUGACUCCCCAGACGGGACCACCGAGGACAGAUACGACGCGACGGAGAACGACGAGUUGGAGGAGCAGGCUGCGGUGGAACAGGCUGAGGACGGCAGCAUCGUUGUCGACAGCGACGACCUGGGCACGGAUGCGGGCUAUGGAACGGACAACAACACAAGCGCGUCGACGUCGCUUGCCGAGAGCGUGCGCGACUACAUUUAUGAGAAUGGGCGCCGCUACCACAAGUUCCGCGAGGGGCGGUACAACUUCCCGAAUGACGACGUUGAGCAGCAGCGCGAAGACAUGAAGCACGCCAUGGUCAAGAUGCUUUGCGGGCAGCUCUACUUUGCGCCUAUCGGGGAGCACCCUCACGAGAUUCUAGAUAUUGGUACGGGGACGGGCAUUUGGGCGAUUGAAAUGGGGGAUUUGUUUCCAAGUUCGAAUGUCCUCGGCGUCGAUCUAAGUCCCAUCCAGCCCGAGUGGGUGCCGCCGAACGUGCGCUUCAUGGUAGAUGAUAUCGAGUGGCUCCAUCCUCGAAACUACUUUGACUACGUCCACUCGCGCCAUACGGUCAUGGCCAUCAAGGAUUGGCCUAGGCUCAUGAGGAGAGCAUUAGAACACAUUCGCCCCGGGGGCUGGUUCGAGAUGCAAGAGGUGUACCACUACCCCAUCUCGGCCAACAACUCCAUGUCGCCGGACCACCCAGUGGCGCAGUAUUGGACGUUGAUCAAAGACGGGCUCGAGAACCUGGGCAUCAACUUCCACGCGGCGGCCAACGGGCGGCUCGCCGACAUGAUGCGUGACUGCGGCUUCGUCAACGUGACGGAGCGGGUGCUGCAGAUCCCCAUCGGCACCUGGCCCAAGAACAAGGUGCUCAAGACGGUGGGGCUGUACUGGCGCACCAUCCUCAUCGACGGCAUCCAGGCCAUCGCGCUGGGCCCUUUGACCAGGGGUUGCGGCUGGACCAGAGAGCAGGUCGAGCUUUUCUUGAUCGACGUCCGCAGAGCCUACCACGAUAACAGCUGCCUGGCGUAUAUGCCGUUGCAUAUUGUCUAUGGGCAAAAGCCGCCCAACUAUUGA